AUCUAUUUUGAUUGUACUUUUCUUCACAGUUUUAAUGGUCCUGGUGGUUUUGCAUCUAUUCCGAUUGUACUUUUCUUCACAAUUUUAAUGGUCCUGGUUUAUGCUCAGCAAAACGAAUUCUUCCUCAGGUUUGAUUACUCAUUUCUUUCAUCUACAUCUGCUUUCCUUACUUUUUGUGAAUAAUUUUUAUUCUUUAAUUAUAUAAGUUUUUUUUGUUUUCGCAUGUUUAUCUUCUGUUUCAUUAGUUUCUCCUUUUGUCACACAAAAAACUACCACCUUCAUCAUUGGCGCUCUCUCUCAAAGCCCAAAACCAAAGCCAGCAACGCACACACAUAUCAUUCCAAGCAAACCCAUUUAAAAGCAAAAAAUUUCUCUCUUUUUUUGUAUUUUUGAUUCCCUUCUUCUUAUUCGUCCGUACACAACGCAAAAAACCCUUUUUCCCAAUCGUGCUUUCACAAUUUUCUUUUCGGGGGUUUUGGAUUUUAGCUCAGCAGUGAAUUUUACUUUGAUCGAUGGCCAGUGGGCAUGUCAUUAAACGCGCCAAGUACAAGACCUCACCCAAAGGCGCUGGUACUCCUGGUGUUUUAAAAAUGGAGAUUGUUAUAAAAUUGGGAAACUCUAUUGCCAAUGAACUGAGGCUUUUUAACUACUUAUUUUCUUACCAAAGGUACAUCAUUCAAUGUCUUCUUGUAUUUCUUCAGGUAUUCAGCUUUUAUGUACUGCAUAUCAAUCUCAGUCCUUGUCACAAUUACCCUUAUAAGGGUGGUGUCAUCAGUCCCCAAACCUUUCAUAGCCUUAUGCAACACCUGCAAAAUUUCAGACGUGUUAGGAUGCAUCCAUAUCAUUUUUAUUACAAUAAUAAAAAUGGUAUAUAGGUCCUUCAGAACCAUAAUCCCACAUCAGUAAAAGCAUAUCUGAACCUGUUGUUCAGAAAAACUAGAGAUAUGGUCCAUAUGGAAACGGAGAGAAUAGUUUGACAGAGCAUAAUUUCAUUCCUAUCUAAUUUUAGUAUCAGAAUAGUGAAUAUAGUCAUAAAUCAAUGAGUUAGGUCCACUUUUGUUCUGUUGGUUUCUAAUCGUUACAAUGGAAGAACUUGUAAUUUAUUGGAAUAAUGUGAGGGAUAUUUGGCAGCUCAUAAUAAAAGGAAAUUAUGCAAAAGCUUUAUAGAAUUA